AUGGGUACGGCUGAAGGUUGGCAACAGCCGAUGCGAAGCUACUUGCAUGAUUGGCUACCCAAUCCUGACACCAAUCAGGGACCAGUAAACUUCAACGGAAUUUGUCGAUACGAGUUAAUGUAUGAUAAAGUAUGGCAUACUUUAAUAUUAACCACACUUGUUGUCCUAAUACCAUGGUUUGUGAUGAUAACUUUAUAUGCUAGAAUAUGGACUAUAGCAAGGAGACAGGUGAGGGCCAUCAAUUGGGAAGAAGGGACUGCCUUCAAACGAGAAUGGAAAGUCACUAAAAUGGUUGCGUUAGUUCUUGGUUAUUUUGUUCUGGCUUGGUUUCCUAUGUUAUUAUUUCUCUUUUUCGGGCUGUCGUGUCAAUGUGAAAUAAACCGUUAUUUCAGGGCCGUCGGACGAAUAAUGCUGCAUAGCAACUCGGCAAUCAAUGUCGUGAUUUACGGAAUUUGCAAUCCAGAAUUCCGAGUAGCGUUCAGGAGAAUACUUCUACAGGUGUUUUGUUGCAAGAAAGUACUUCCAAAUGGGAAUGUCAGUAAUUGGUAG